GGUCUCGCGGCACCGCCGUUCAUUCGGCUUGCACUGCCACCACCUGAGAGGGCUGAGGGCUAGCGGCGAAGGAGAGCUGCACGCACCGGCGCUGAUGCUGGGAGCUGAGGCCUCACCGUGGAGCCUGGCCGGCGCGGGCGCGGCCGUGGCGCUGCUGUGGCUGUCCGCCUGGACGCUGCAGUGGGCGUGUUGGACGCCGCGGCGGCUGGAGCGGGCCCUGCGGGCGCAGGGCCUCCGGGGCACCAGGUACCGCCUCUUCAUCGGCGACGUGGCGGAGAACGGCCGGCUCAACAGGGAGGCCGCGUCCAGGCCGCUGCCGCUCGGCUCGCACGACAUCGUCCAGCGCGUCGCCCCGUUCUUCUGUAACGUCCUUAAAGAGCACGGGAGAUUGCCGUUCGUUUGGACAGGCCCAAAGCCAAUGGUGAUUAUCACAGACCCAGACCUAGCGAGGGAGGUUUUGUCCAACAAGUCUGGCGACUUCUGCAAACAAGUUACUGUGGGUAUUUCUAAAUUUGUUGUUGGAGGAGUUGUAACGUAUGAAGGUGAGAAAUGGGCAAAACAUCGGAGAAUUCUCAACCCUGCCUUCCACCAGGAGAAAAUAAAGCGGAUGUUGCCAGUUUUUGCAGCAUGUUGCACUGAAAUGAUCACUAGAUGGAGGAAUUCAAUGUCUUCUGAAGGACUAUCUGAGUUGGACGUUCGGGAUGAAUUUCAAAACCUUACUGGAGAUGUCAUCUCAAGAACGGCAUUCGGUAGCAGCUACCAAGAGGGGUGGAGAAUUUUUCAGUUACAAGAAGAGCAAGCUAAACGCGUACUUCAAGCUUUUCAGAGAAUCUUCAUCCCGGGCUAUUGGUACUUGCCAAUUAAAAACAACAGACGGAUCAGGGAAAUUGAUCGAGAAAUACGCACGAUUCUGCGAGGAAUAAUUGUAAAAAGAGACGAGGCAAUAAGAAAUGGUGAAAGUAGCAAUGAUGAUUUGCUGGGAUUAUUGGUGGAAUCAAAUAUGAGGCAAUCAAAUGAAACAGAAGAUGUAGGAAUGAGUAUAGAAGAUAUGAUCGAGGAAUGCAAGUUAUUUUACUCUGCAGGUUCGGAGACAACAUCAGUGUUGCUCACUUGGACAUUAAUUCUGCUAAGCAUGCACCCAGAGUGGCAAGAGCGAGCAAGAGAGGAAGUGCUGCUCCAUUUUGGAAGAACCACACCAGAUUAUGAUGGCUUGAGUCGUCUAAAGAUUGUAACAAUGAUCCUAAACGAAGUCCUUAGGUUAUACCCACCGGUGGUGUUCCUCCAAAGAAGAACACACAAGGCAACGGAGCUUGGCGGCAUCAAGUACCCUGAAGGAGCGCACUUCACAUUGCCCGUUCUAUUAAUUCACCAUGAUCCCAGCAUCUGGGGACAAGAUGCAAGCGAGUUCAACCCGGAGAGGUUCGCCAAUGGAGUCUCCAAGGCGACGAGGUUUCAGGCCGCUUUCUUUCCGUUUGCAUGGGGUGCUCGGAUCUGCCUUGGGCAGAGCUUUGCGAUGAUGGAAGCCAAGAUGGCGCUCGCCACCAUCCUCCAGAGCUUCUCCUUCGAGCUCUCACCGUCCUACACCCACGCACCGCACACCGUGCUGACUCUCCAGCCACAGCACGGUGCCCAAAUUAAGCUGAGGAAGCUCUCAUGAUAAUACUCCAUUUUGAAAUAAGUAUUUUAUUUUCAUACUUAUUUAAAAGAAAACAAUAGUGCUAGUGAAUCUGCCACCCCACCUUCCUGGGCUGAUCUUUUACAAAAUACUCCAUGUCCUUAAAUGUUAAAAGAUACUUCUACAAAUAUGUAAGAGUUAAUAUCAUGCCAAACAAU